UCAACUUUCCCACUUAAAUAAGACGUUUGUCCACUUUCUCGCUCACACCAGUCUGGUGAUUCUUCUCCCUGCAGUUUUGUUUCAGGCAAAGACAAAAAACACACCCCGACCAACUGUGUGCAGUCAAAAUGUUCCGUCACGAUUAUUCUCCUUCAAUGGCGAAACCAAGUACACGUCACAAAUCCUCACUUUCAGCUGCCUGGCUCUUUCUAACCGGCGCAUUUGUUGCUCUCUUACUCGUCUGGUCCUUCUCCGCUUUUUCUUCCUCUAGUCAGCGUUUUGAUACUCUUUCCGAAUCCAAGUCUGCCACUGAUCGAAAACAGGGACGCUGCGAUAUGGGGGCUGUGAAUUUACAAUACGAUCCUCCGAAUGAAACCUUCUACGACGACCCGCGUUUGAGUUACACUGUUGGGAACAAAGUCGAAAACUGGAACCAGAAACGAAAAGAGUGGUUCAAGCAUCAUCCGUCGUUCGCCGCCGGAGCGGCAGAGAGGAUUGUGAUGGUGACAGGUUCACAGCCGUCGCCGUGUAAGAAUCCCAUCGGUGACCAUUUACUUUUGAGAACCUUUAAAAACAAGGUCGAUUACUGUAGAAUCCACGGCUAUGAUAUUUUUUACAACAGUGUGUUACUGCAUCCGAAGAUGAACUCGUAUUGGGCCAAAAUACCGAUUGUCAAAGCAGGGAUGCUGGCUCACCCGGAGGCCGAGUGGAUCUGGUGGGUGGACUCGGACGCGCUGGUCACCGACAUGGAGUUCAAGCUUCCCUUGCACAGGUACAAGAACCACAACGUCGUCGUUCACGGCUGGCCUGGGAUGAUUUACGAGAAUAAAAGUUGGACUAGUUUAAACGCCGGUGUCUUUCUCAUCAGGAACUGUCAAUGGUCUAUGGAUUUCUUGGAGACGUGGGCCAACAUGGGUCCCAUCAGCCCAGAUUUCUCGAAGUGGGGCCCUAUUCAACGAUCAAUCUUCAAGGACAAGCUUUUCCCGGAAUCAGACGAUCAAACGGCUCUGAUUUAUUUACUCUACAAAGAGAAAGAAAAAUACUACGAUAACAUCUAUUUAGAAGGCGAAUUUGAUUUUGAAAGCUACUGGGUAGGGGUGCUGCCAACGUAUGAUAAUAUGACGGAACAAUAUAUAGAGAUAGAUCGACGGUCGCCGACGCUAAGGAGGCGGCACGCUGAGAAGGUGAGUGAGUUUUACGGCGCGGAGAGGGAAAAGUAUUUGAAGGCGGCCGGGAACGGGAGGGGGAGCUGGAGGAGGCCUUUUAUCACGCACUUUACGGGUUGCCAACCGUGCAGUGGGAACCACAAUCCGAUGUAUUCUGGAGAGGCGUGUUGGAAGGGGAUGGUGAAGGCGUUGAAUUUUGCGGAUAAUCAGGUGCUUAGAAAAUAUGGUUUCGUGCACCCGAAUUUGCGUGAUUCGAGCUUGGUGUCUCCUGUGCCGUUUGAUUAUCCUGUUCCAAAUGAAGACGGUCCGUGGGGAUAAGCCUCACCAAUCAUUGAAGCCUCCAUGUGCUGCAACUGGAGUUCCAAGAAGGCAAGUAGUAGAUUUUCUGAAAACUGUUUCACAUAUCAGCAUCUGCAUAACCAGGUUCUUCCGAAACUUUUAGCUGUGGACUUGCGGUUAUUAUGGUUGUUUAAAUACUGAAAGAUGUAUACAAAUGUAGCCAGUUAUCUGUCUGCCUGGAUUCAGGAUGUUCUAUGACAUAUUUAUCCGGGAUGGUAACUUGGGCGACUUAGAUUAUAAAAUAUUUCAGCCUAUAAAAUAAUUUUGACCGUGCAGAUAGAGACUCUUGAGUAAUAAAAGUUCAUAUUUAAAGAA